CGUUCUACAUGAUAUACAAAUGAAUGUUCACUUACGUAAUAUAAGAGAAAGGGAUUCAAUACACAUAUACUGACAAACAAUAUUUCUAUCGUGCCAUUCAUGGUGACAGAUAUUAUGGUCGAAGUUCAAAAGAAUGACUUCAAAAGCAGCACGUUGGUUAAUAUGUUUUGUAUUUAUUUCCAUUUGUAUUAUUAGACUUGAAAGGAAACAGUUGCGAUUACAGGAAAUGCUCACACGACUAUUUGAGAUGACUAAACCCACUGUAAAUGACAACAUACAAAACAGAUACUGCAGCUACAUAAUGCAAGUGUUGUCCUAUUUCAGCGGAGAAAGAUGUAUGGUUGCUGGAAGUUCACGGGAGCAGACACGUUUAAGAAUAAGACAAGACGAAGGAGAUUACGACUUCCUCAUGAUUUCGGCAAUAUCUAUUCCUGUUAGUGCUUUAGAGUACAGGGAAGAUCUUCCUUGUUUUGUCCACAUAAAGGGACUUCAGUUGGUUGAUCAAUUUCCGACUGUUCAACUGAUUGAUGGUCGUUAUCUACCAAGUAAUUUACUUAGUGAAAUUAGACCUGAAGCUUUUAAGCAUAUAAGAAAUUUUCACAAACUACUCUCACAUUUUGGAAGAACACGAUGUCGCAACAGUUUGCACGUGGUUCUAGAUCAUAAUAUAAAGCCAGGAAAAACGUUAGUUUCGUACAGUGAUGUUGAUUGUCCAGCUUUAGAUAACAAACACGUUAAACGUUCCAGGGAAGCUGACAUAAAAAAUAAAAAAAAAUUUGGUGACAAAACCAAUGGAGAGGAGAUCGAAAAACCCGAUGUUAUACUAAAAUAUAAAUCAAAAUCAAGCAAACAUUUUAUACCAGUAUUCCCGCUAGCUGGGAGGCCAAGAUUUCUUGAUGAGUGGAAACAACGUAAACGCGUCUGGCCACCAGAACAUGUAGUGGAUGAUAUAUUAAAUAGCGAGUUCUUUGUUGUUGCAAAACCGGCCUUGAUAAAACGAGAAAGAAAGAAAGAUUUUUGUUUGGCGUACAACAACGGUGAAAUAAAGCUAGCGAGAGCAAUGACCAUUGUUCAAAAGAAGGUUGUUCUCAUUCUUAAAGCUAUUGAAAAGAGUGUAUUGCAAGAUUAUUCAGAAGUAUUAACUACGUUUCAUUGGAAAACAGCAGUUUAUUGGAACUCAGAAACUCUCAAUUCGUUGUUACUGGAGGAUACAGAAGACAACGUAUUUAAAUUGUUAAUAAAAGUUCUAGACUACAUGAUCAAUUGUUUGCGAAAUACAGAACUGCAACACUUCUUUAUUCCAAGCAAUCUUUUUGCAGGGAUGGAUAAAAACACUUCUAUUGAAAUUGCGAACAAAAUUACGGAAAUUCGGGAACAUCCGAUCAAAGCUUUGAAUGUGUUUUUCGCUGAACAGACGUUUGAUGAAAUGAAAUAUGAAAAAAUUCCUGCAGAAAAAGUAGCAGAAUUCCGUAAAGCAUAUAAUGAUCCAUGCAAAAGUUCGAAAAUUAUCGUGGCUAUACUAAAGAUAUUUUCGAGUGAAAGUAAAGAAAAGGUACGGGCGGCAUUGCAUGACGUGCUCACAGAUGAACUUCCAUUUUUCAUCGAAGAAAUGGCCAGAAGACGAGAUAAGAGUCAAGUAGAUUCAUCUUUAGAACAGUUGAUAUUGUCAAAUCAAAUUCGCAAAGAAAGUUUUACUGACAUGGUAGUAGACCAUUUACUAGACAAAGUUAGGAAAAAAGAAGUAAAUGAUGAAAACAUUGCUAAGAUUUUCACGACACUUAUGUUACAAAAAGUAUUAAAUCAAUAAAAAUAUGUGACUUG